AUGGCUUCAAAUCCCCCAGGUCAAUGCUGUACCGAAGGUACUUUCCACGAAGGUAAAGCUAUCGGAACAUUUAAAGAUAUUUACGGUUUAGAUACCUAUACCGUUGGUGAUGAUUCCGACAAGGUUAUUGUCAUCUUGACCGAUGUUUAUGGUAACCACUUCAACAAUGUUAUGCUCAUUGCUGAUGCCAUUGCCAAGAAUGGCUACAAAGUUUUAAUUCCUGAUAUUUUAAAAGGUGAUCCUGCUAAACAAGGUGGCGAUCUUCAGGGCUGGUUGAAGAACCAUAGUUUGGAAAUCACUGAACCUAUAGUUAAUGGGUUUUUGGACAAAGUCAAGAAUGAACUUAAACCAAAGUUCCUUGGUGCCAUUGGAUACUGUUUUGGUGCUAAAUACGUUGUGAGAAACUUGACUCAAUCGGGUCCUUUGGAUGCUGGUGCUAUUGCCCACCCUUCAUUUGUAACCAUUGAGGAAGUGAAAGCAAUUAAAACCCCACUUAUCAUUUCGGCAUCUGAAACUGAUCCAAUAUUUACACCAGAGUUGAGAAAACAAACUGAAGAUGCAUUGGCUGAUUUGGAUGAUGUCAGAUAUGAAAUCACAUUGUUUUCUGGAACUGUACAUGGUUAUGCUGUGAGAGGUGAUAUUUCAAAUCCUAUAGUAAAGUACGCCAAAGAAAAGACUUUGAAUGACCAAUUGUACUUUUUUUGGAGUGUUGGUCAGAUCAAUUCGAAGCAAGGCAAAAGCUCUUUAUAA